ACGCCUCCGGGCCUCAGAGACAUCCCUCGCGGCACCGCAACCCACUUCGUAGAGGGCGGGACCUCGCCGGCGGGAGCGCGCUCCCAAGGCGUCGGCCGCGGCUGGGGUAGGGGGGCCGGAGGAAGGAAGCUAGGCGCCCUGUGAGCGCGCGAGGCCUCACGUGCGCGCUCCCGCCCGCCAGCCUGCGCACACCGGCGCCCACGCACCCGCCUGCACUCCUCCCGGGAAGUCUCGCGAUGUCGUAGCCGGCUGCUCCCGCUGCGGGUGGCUCUGGCUGUUGCUGUGGUUGCCUGAGUUGCUGCUGCGGCGGCGACGGCGGCGGCGGCGGCGGUGGAGGUGUCGGCCCUUGGGCGGAUGUUGACAUUGUGUUGUUGUUAUUGCUGAUGAUAAUGGCGGCGGCGGCGACGGCCGGGACCCCAUCGCCUCUGUAGCCCGAGCCGAGGCAGCCAGAUCGAUCUCCGCGGCCUCUGAGCCGCGGCAGCGACUCCCCUCAGCCUCAGCCUCCGCCUCCUCGCCAGCCCUUAUCCCGGCUCCAGCCCCUGGAGUCAGGCCCCCUUGGGCAGGGGGCCUUGGAGGCUCAGGAUGGCGGAUUUCGACGAGAUCUAUGAGGAGGAGGAGGACGAAGAGCGGGCCCUGGAGGAGCAGCUGCUCAAGUACUCACCGGACCCCGUGGUGGUCCGCGGCUCCGGUCACGUCACCGUAUUUGGACUGAGCAACAAAUUUGAAUCAGAAUUCCCUUCUUCAUUAACCGGAAAAGUAGCUCCUGAAGAAUUUAAAGCCAGCAUCAACAGAGUUAACAGUUGUCUUAAGAAGAACCUUCCUGUUAAUACACGAAGAUCGAUUGAGAAGUUAUUAGAAUGGGAAAACAAUAGGUUAUACCACAAGCUGUGCUUGCACUGGAGGCUGAGCAAAAGGAAAUGUGAAACGAAUAACAUGAUGGAAUAUGUCAUCCUCAUAGAAUUUUUACCAAAGACACCGAUUUUUCGACCAGAUUAGCAUUUACUUUAUUUAUAGAGACUUUCCAAGUAUGUUGUCUUUCCAAUGGUGCCUUGCUUGGUGCUCUCCUGGUGGUGACAUAACAUUGGUUCUACAGAAUCGUGUGGUGUUUUUUUCUGUUUUUGUUUUUUUUAAAUAACCGCAUGUUCUAAGUGUGCAUUUUUGUCAAACUUUGCAAGUUAUUUCAUACAGAUGUUUAAUACUUAAGUUAUUGUGCUCUUUUCUGUUAUGUAUUCUGAUUUUCAAGGAUUACUUUUUUUGUAUUAUCGAAAAAAUACAUUUGAAAUUAGCAUAAAAAGUGGCCAGCCUUUUUUAUUUUAUCACCAAGGUACACACAGUCCUUUAUUUAUUAAUUCCAUAAUAUAGAAGAACACUUUUGUAAGGCUCUACUUAUCUAUUCUAGCAAGCACACUCUUUGUAUUAUUUUUCUUCCUUUUAAAAUUUAAAAGUUAUUAUUUUAAAAUAGUAAGUUUUCUUUAAUAGCUUUUUGGAACCUAACAUACCCUUUCCCAUACAAUUCCUAAUGCUCUGUUUACAGCAGAAAUAUUUGUAACAUUAUGAAGACCUAUCAAAAAUUUUUGAUAGUAUUUCUGUCUUCAGAGGUAGUAAUGCAGGAUUAAAUUAUUUUAUUAGAAUAGACAAAUAAUGAAUGGUAUGCAUGCACCUAAUGGUUACUAGAGCUCAGGAUCACAAAAUAUAGUAGCAUUACAAUCUGUGUAUAUUUUUGAUCAAGAUGAUAAUAAUGGCCUUACUUGCAUUAUUUUUUAUUGUUUAUCAAAUCUUAUAUAGAAAAGUAUGGAAAUACUCCUUUUAAAAAUUUCUAAGGAAAAUAUUUCUCCCAAUCUAACAUAAUUGUAGAAUGGAUGUAUGUUUCUGAAAGGUUUUUGAAAGAAAGCAAAAGUUGUAGAAUUAAAAGUAAGCUGGUGUUUAAUACCCAUUGAUAUUUAGAAGAGAUUAUUACUAAGAAAUGGAGGACAUAUUUAGUACUGUUUUUAUCCACUAGUUUGCUUUCAGUCCAGUUAUGUAUACUUUUUUGAUUGAGAAUGUGACAUAUAAGUUUAAUCAGAUUAGCUUGUUUCUUUUAAAUAUAUACAAACAUACAUAUUUUUUCCUUCCUUUUGUUGUACAUAUCUCCAUGCAUUUUAAAACUUUCUAAAUUUCUGAAUGGCCUAUGUGUAAAGUUUUGUUUUUAUAGACCUGAAAUUAUAAAAGUUUUAAUGUGUGUCAAGAACUUGUUCCAUACAACUGUGGUAUCUAGCAAUAAUGUGAAUAACUUUUGAAAUUAUUAUAUAAACUAUGCUUACUAAUUUGUAUUAAGAAUUGGUACCACUAUACAAUAUCUUUUCUCCUUGUAUUAAAUAUUUUAAAUACCAGUUUCAUUAAUUUAUAUACCUGUAUUUUUUAAAAGUAUUUCUCUGUACUCCUCCAAAGUACUGUAAUUCUAUAUAAAUUUGAAUAGUUGGAUUCUAGUAUCUUAAAUCCUAUAUCCUAUAUUGGACAUUAGGAACUAUCUUAAAAAUUAGGGUUGUUUUUUUUUUUUCAGCUGAGAUUUAUUUCCAUUGCCCCCAAAACACUUAACAACUUGAAUUUAUCAACCACUUUUCCUAUGAAGAGCUCAAAGUACAAAUAAUUCAGACCCCUCUCACUUUAUUGACCUUGUGUCCAGGGUAUGUCCUACCACCUUAAAGUAGUAGAACUAAAAGAUAAUGCUGUUACAAAAACGAGUAUUCCUAUAUGGUUUCAGUGUGAACAAUUGUUGUCUGGAGAAGGCUAAAUCUGCCUCAGGAUUCAGAAAGAGCAGAAAAAUAUAACUCUGUAGGCUCUGCAACACAGUGUUCUAUAUCUAAAAUUCUGUAAAUUUGUAGAGUACCGUAUUGAUCAGCUUUAUAGGAAGAACUGUCCCUUUUUCAACAUAAUUUUUUUCUCCUGUUACUAGUUUUCUGGAAAUUUUAAUUUAAAAAUUAUUCCCAUAAGAAUAUUUUAACGUAAGAUAAUUUUUACAGUUGAUAGUAUUUAGGUAUAGGAAUCCUUUUAAAGCUUUUCUGAUUUUGAGAGGCAUGGCAGUUGCUUUAAGGUCCUGAGAAAUGUGCACUCUUAUAUUUCCAGUGUGUAUAUAGAAAAGAACCAUGAAUGCUUAAUAUGUGGCAUUACCAUUAGCCAGUUAUGCCUUGAGCAGUUAGAUUUCCAUGUUUGGGCUUUUAUUAGUAGCCCCCAGUAAGCCCUCUGGCUUAUUCUUUCUUGAUUCAUGAAUCUAAGUGCCCAUGUUGCUGGAAAUUAGAAAUGUCAGAGAUGCCUAUGUUGUGUGAACAUUAGUCCAAAGGAAGUACUUAAAAUGAUAAUUGUUCUUCAGUUCCUGUUUUCUAACUUAAAGUUUGUGAGACAUGAACCAUAGGUACUUUUAAAACUGGCCAAGAAAAGGUAUCAUUGGCAGAAAAUCUAGCAUAUAGAUUUUGCAUAGGCUAAGUGAAUAACUUACAAUCUUUUAUAUAUUAUUGGCAUUUUACAGGUAAUCCAUCAUUCUUGUGUAGAAACAUUUACUUUUCCAAAGCUUUUAUUUUAAUACACUAUUAUCUGUCAAAUAAAUAAAAUCUUUAAAAUAUAUAUAUAUACUCUAGAACCUAAAGGCUAUAAGUAAAAUUCAAGUGACACGUUUAGCUUGUAAGGCAGAUACUGGCCCUGCUCACAAGAGGGUCACCUUACCUGUAUAAAAUGGUCAUCAGAUACUUUAUUAAGACUCUUUAAUGACUAGGUUCCAUUCAUUUGAAAUAUAAACAUGUAAUUUUGGCCUAAAAUCAAGAAGUGUUCAAACCUUUAAUAGUCAGCAAUAAUUUCCUUUUCUUACUAGAAAAACUACUUUUAUAAUUGAACAUUUUAAAUCAGGAAGAACUACAACUUUCUCCAUGGCUGUGUUUUCAGUGUUAUUUGUAGACAACCUCUGAUUGCUUCUUUAUAUUAGUAGACACAGGCAAACUGUAUAAAACUUUGACAACAUUCCAUAUCAAUCUUGGGUUAUAAAAGAGUAUUAAUAGUGACAUGUACAGCUGGAUCCACAGUUGCAUGCGUUCAAACUACAGUAGUCUUACAUAACAUUAUGUACAUAGACUGUUUUAACUUUUAUGGUAUUCUGCUUCACAAUUAUAAUGUUUAGCUGCAUGCCUGAUUUUCACUGUAAAUAUUUGAGUUGGCUCAAGUAUUGGUCAGUAGUACUAAAUCAGAAGUACAAUUGGUUUAAAACUGUCUUUGACUGAAUUCCAACAUCUAGUCCUGGAACCCUCUUUCCUCCUAUCCUACUGAAGCAGUGUGGGUCCUUUUGCUGCCCUCCUGAUGUCCAGAGUCUUCAUCCAGAUGCAGACAUAGUUCACCAUUGCCUUUUGUUUUCCUUCCCCAGAGCUUGCAGUACAAAUGGUAAUUUUUUUGCAUUCUUAGCUUGGUGUUUAGAAGGCCAGUUAAAGUGAGUUAGUCACAUUAAGUGAUUAAUGGGUGACACUCCAUUCUGCUAAGGUGGCACUUGCAUUUUAAAAGUUUCUAAAGUCAAAUUUCCCAUUGGAGCAGUGGUGCAAUUGGUAUUUUCCUUAUCAACAGACCCUAUCGGUCCAGACUUUGCCGGGAAAGAAUAAUAGGAUGGUUGCAUGUGGGGCUUCUCAAACCACCAUUUCUGAAGAAAGCUGAUUUAUAUCUACUAUUAUGGCAGAAAGAAUAGGCUCAAGGCCAAUCCUAAACCAAAUAUACCAAACUAUUAAUUAUCCCAUAAUAGUUGUGUUAAAUAUACUUUUAGAUAUAAUAACCAACUUUAUGUUAUUUUUAGGAACAUGCCUUUUAUAUAAGUUGAGAUGUGAAGGUGAUUUUUCUUUAAAACUUGAGUUAUCUUGUUCUGUACUUUUACAAAGAUGUUUAGAUAGUAAUGUAAGGGAAACCUAAAUAUUGUUUAUAUUAUUAAUCAUAAUUCUGUGUACUAGGGAGCAAUAUUCCCCUUCCUCCCACAAUGGUAAAUUGAACAACAGCGGUUGUUUGUAGCCUUAAUUGACAAUACUGAAAAUAGAAAUUCAGAAUGCUAAUCCUGAUUUUGAAGUUGUUUCUGAUGUUCUACAAAAUCAUCAAAUUACUUGGCUUCUUUGCAUUUAUCUUUUUUCACAAAAGGAAGAUACUAUGACUACCUCAUAUUUUAAGUCAUUUUGCUGUUAUUUAGUCCUAUAUAAAAGAAAUGAACAAGUAGCUUUUUUGACUACUUACAGAGUCAGCAGAAAUCUGAGUUACUAUCAAAUUUUGCAUUUAAAAUUAGAGUACUUUAUUUAUUUAUUUAUUUAUUUAUUUAUUGUAAUGAUUUGCAUGUUUAAAGAUCACAUAGACAUUAAGUACAAUACUUGAGAAAAGUUUCUUUCUAAUACCCUGUAAGACGUAGUUACAUUUCAGAUACUUAAGCAAAAUCAUGCCCCCCCUUUAAAUAGCAUCUCUACUUCAUAAACAUGAUGCUCUGAAUUUGAGAGUUGACUGCUUUUUUCUCUUAAUGAAGGAUAGUGUAUCGCUUUCUCAGCUCUUUAUCUCAGAAAUAUUUCAGUAAACUCACCAUACCAGGCAUUCUUAAUUUUGGCAGAUAAGCCAAAAUUGUAUGUAUUUGUUUUUAAAGAAAGUCAACCAGACUUUAAGAGAAGACAAGUAACGGAUCAGUGUUUUGGCUACUCUAUUGGACCAUAAUACAUUCUCAAACUGCAGAUUUCCUCUCCUGUUAUCUUUCCUGCUGGUUCGUAAUUUAGUAUAACUGGUUCUAGUUCUUUCUUGACAUAAAUUCUAUAUGGAUUUAAAAUGUUCAAGAAGGAACAAGCAUUCUGUUCCCUCAAGAAACCUUUUGCACUAAUAAAAGACCACCUCCUUUCUCUUCUAGUAGCAGCUUAUUUAAUUAGGUAAUUACAAUAAUCUCAUUGCAUUGCCAUGAAGUCUUCAUAAACAGGAGUUUGUUUUAACUGAAGUUAUCACAGCUCUUUUAAAGUCUCUCUUUCUUUUUACAUUUGUUGGAGCUAAUGAAUGACAUUUUGUCCUCUCAGAAGAGUUAAGCAUUAUGAAGCUGGCAGUGGAAGCAAGGUAGACCUGAUUGGAAAGCAGUGUGCUGAAAUCUACUGGCUGAGAGAAAUAACUGCAUUGUUACUCUACACUUUGGUUUAUAAGGGGCAAAAUUAUGCAAUGGUGGGGAAUUGCACAGAGCUUUAUGCUUCCUUUUAUAUAUCGUCUUUAUGUAUUACAAUGGAACUUUUUUUUUAAAGAAAAAAUACUGUUCUAGAUAGAGUUUUCCUCUGCUAUCCUGUCCUUCGAGAAGAUAACGGGAGGCUACUUUGAAUAAAGUAUUCUUUUAUUUAUCUUUUAUAAUGUAAGUGUGACAGUUUUUUAAAAAACACUAAAUAAAGGAUUUUAGGAAUUUAUUCCUAUAUCCUUAAUAAGCAUGGAAAGUUUUCAAAUAAAAUAAUCAGAAACUUACGGUAGGGGAGCAGUUAGGCAGACCCAAGAUCAGGGUCCCUAUUAUGUUUUCAGGUAAUUCUAGUUACAUUCAGGUAAGUCUAGUAACAUUUUAAAAAAUGAAAAUGACUUUUGUAAAAUAUAUAGUUGAAUCUUAAAAGGUAUAUAUCAUAUUUUUCUUUCAUUCUUAGGAAAUUAACACCAUUGUCAAACAUCUGUGUUAAAACAAGAUGGGGUUUAGAUAAAAAUUUUUUGGCCUUCAACAUUGUGAAGAAAUAUGUAGAUGGGUUAUGUUUAAAGUGGUUUGGUUCUUGGUCCCAUGUUGGUUGUAGUAUAUUUAGUCUUAUAAAAUCAAGUCGUAAUUGACAGGGUUUUUCUAGUAAACAAAUGGAUUUCUAAUUUGAGCCAGGGGACUUUUUUUUUUUUUUUUUUACUUGCUUGCUUUGGCUAGUUGAGUUUUUGUUGUUAAGUGAGUUGGUUGUAAUGUGUGACUUCAGUACGUGAUUCUCUGCUUGAAACUAAAAUGUGGGCUAAUUUACAGCAUUUGUUCUUUAAAGACUAUACUACAUUAAAUAAAAUUUUAAGCCAAUUUAGGUGAAGUUGGAAAAGAGAGCCUGGCGCUUAGAGAUCAAAUCACUUUAAAAGAAAUUGGCCAAACUAAUGAUGUCUGUUGAAAUGACCAUAUGAAUGAAUACACAUACAAAUACUUCAUCUGUAUAUAUGAUCUGUACAAAUAUCUGGGAGUAAAAUAAUUGACAUCAUGAAUAUGAGUUUAGGAACCAUGCAUAAUAAAGAAACUUUUGUAUUUAUGUGUUCAUAAACUUGCACAUAGAAAAAAGUAGAGAAAAGGUACAACUUACAUAUUACCUUUUUUCACCAAAGAUCUUAUUUGAGUUGUCCCUAAAUUUUAAAAGCCAAUACGGCUUUUAAAAUGGGGUUCUCAAUUAUCUUAUUUAGGCUUAGCAUUGGUUUUUAAGCUUUCAGGGGGAGGCAGAAAUAAUUCUAAUCACUGCUAUAAAUACACAUAUUUAGCAGUAUUUAAAGUUCAUCUGUUGUAUUGUUUCAAAUAAAUACUUGUCAUACACACUUUUACUUUUUUGUUUUACUUGGUUGAACCAGAUUCUAGGGCAAACCUUUAAGAAAUAAUUCCACACAUAUGGGAAAAAAAUACAUGUAUGUGCAUACACACACACAUGCACACACACUUCAUUCUAAGAUAAAUUGUAACUCAGUUGAUCUUAGGCAGUAAAGAUGCUUUCAUCCCCAUCACCUGGAUUACUUUAGUUAAAAUACAAAAGGACAAUUCUAUUUGAAACAUUUAAAAACUAAGAGGGAAAAUUUGUGUUUGUGGAUUGUUUCCUCGAAUCAUCUCAAUAUUGUAGUUUUGAAAGAAUUGAUUCCUUAUUUUCUGAAUUCCUGUUCUUUCAGUCACUCCUUAUUUUCAUUCUGACGAGAAAAAUAUGAGAGUUCUCAGAAGUGUAUUCAGUUUCCUUUUUCACAAACGGAGACCUAAGCAAAAAUGCCAUUACCGCUGGCAGGCGUUACUAUCUUAGAACCCAGCACAGAAAGCCUAAAAGGAUAGCCCAACCUUUUGUACCUACAGUCUUAGAUAUUGUUAGAUAGCCAUUCAAUUUUCUUUCCAUUGUGUGUGAGAUGAAUAUUUCUUGAGACUUUUUUGUUUGCUUUACUAAAGAAAUCAAGAAAGAAAGAAAAAAAAACCUCAAAAAACAAAACAAACAAAAAACACCCCCCUGUAACUCAUGUGAAGCAUGCAGGGUGUUGUAAUUUCAGUUUGCAAAGUGGUGUGAUACAAUGUUGCUGAGCCAAAAGCACACGAUAGAUUUAAUGUAGCCAAUUGUGUACUUUUGAAAAAAAGAGUAACUGUUCCCUGUGAGUUAAUUUUGGAUUUUUUCAAAAUCUCUCUUUUAGGCUUUGUGCUGGAUUCUUCCAGACAAAUGCGUAUUCCAUGUGGGCCACUGUUCUGCUAAAUGCUCUCAGUUCUCCUUUUGCAAUCAAGAUUAUGUUGCUAAGGAGAUUUUGCUUUUAUUGGUGCCAUUGAUUUGUGUUAAUACGUUUUGAAUACCUCUCCGUAUUCUUCCGUAGACAAGGCCAAAAGAAAAACUUCCCCGAGUUUCCCAAUUUACAUUACAAAUGGAGCGGUGGUGUAAUGAAGCCGAUAUAAAGUGGGCAGUUGAAAGGGAACUAAAGAAGGGCACUCAAGUGAGAAAUGAAGAAAUGUGCCGAGUGUAGUCUGUGGGCUGCCUUCGGUCCAGCUGCAGGAACUGGCUCUGGCCAGAGGUAGAGUGAGUGAGCACCUCCCUCUUCAAAGACCACCCACUUUUUGGACCCCAGGCUGCAUACCGUAGAUGACCUCAUUGACUAAUAUAGGGCCCUUAAAAAAAGUGAGAAACUCCUCCUCAAGUGGCAAAGAUGGUUCCCUCUCACGCCCAAAAUCCCUUUUUGAAUUCUUCGUAGCGCAUGACUGAGGCUAUACUUUCUACACCUUAGGACCUUAGGUGUGACGUCGUCGUUGUCCCUUAAAAGAAGCGCUAUGGAUGAACCAGUUCUUUUGGGUUGUGAGGAGGAGUGUAUUCAAAUUUUGUUGUUGGUAUGUCACUAGGUGCUAAGGAUGUUAACUAGAUUAUCAGAUUGAAGGUUUUAGUUAUAUGCCCCUUACUUGGUGUCCUAUUCUAGACUUCAAAGACUCUCUUCACUAUAAAACUCAAAUGUUCUGAGGGGAAGGAGAAUGCAAGUAGACAUGUCGUGAACCAGUGAAGUGAUUUGCUUAGGUGGCAGUACGUUGAAGGUGCUGAGGAAUACCUUCGCGGCACAACCAUACAUACACUUUCAGUGGUUUACAUUAUUCUGACAGUCUGCUAUUAACGCAUAUGGCUUUGCUCUGUUUUGUAAUCACAAAUACUGCACUGAUAACAAGUUGAAGAAAUUUUAGACAUUCUAAAUUAGAAAUGUUAAAAAUAAUAUGGAAACUAUGAAGAAAAAUUGCUACAUAAGUCUGAGCAAAUUUAAAAUUGAUCACAAGGGAAGUAUCUCAAGUGUUAAAAGGACAAGCCUGCAUUAUUUAGAGACAAGAAAUGACUGUUUCUAUCAAAACAAUUACAUCAGUAAAAAACUCUAAUAGUUCUUUAAUGUUGAAUGAUAUGGGCAAGAAGCAUAAAUUCCAAAGGCAUUCUGCUACCAGUGGGAAAUAUGAAAUUUAUAAGGAACAUCUGAAAAGGAAAUCCUUAAUUCCUGUGUUUAUAGUACCUUUUCAUUAGAUGGUUUUCACAAAAGAUGCUUGUCAACUACUAUGCUUCAUAGAUAAAAUCUUAAUUUCCAGACUAAAUCUGGUAAGAAUUUUUGUCUUACAUUCCAAAAUCUUGGUAUACCCAUAUUCCUGGGUGUGUUUUUUUCCCUGUAAUAUUUUUAAAGCUUUUAAAAUUAAUUACCUAUAGCUUAAAAGACUAAAGCUGAAAAGUAUAGGGAUGAACUUAUAUCUUCAGCCUGCAUAUCUGACUGUAUUUGUCAAUGGUUUCUAUAUUAAUGCUACCAUUCUUCCAUGCUGUAAUCCUAAAAUUGAGAAUUUGUAAGAAUGAGGAAAAUAGGUAAGAAUUAAUUAUAGGUGAAAGGUAAUGAGAAAUGAGAAACAUAGUAUUUUUGUAUUAUAUAUUGAGAGCUUCCCCCCUCCCCAAAUUGGUAUUAAUCCAUUGAAAGUGACUUCUACAUUACUUUAAAACUUAGAAUUCAUAUGCUUGGACACCCGACCUGAAGAAGUAGACAAACCUGUUCAUGUAGGCAAAAAAUAAGCAGUAUAGUUUAGAGCAUCCAACAUGUGCCCAAAACUUUUGUGAAAUUACAUUCAAUAUAUAGGUAAAAUUUACCAGACAUAUUCUAAGAUUUAUAAACUGAUAAACCAGCUCUUCAUAGUUAGUCUUCUGUAUGUAAUAUACUACUACCUGCUGGAGGGUAGUUUUGUAAAAGAAUGCAAGUGUAAGAAAUCAACCACUCUGCCUUGAUUGGUAUUUGUUCUGUAUUACUGCUUAGGGCAAAGAUGAGUUAGGUUAUUUAUAAAUGCCUGGCAUGCUUGUAAAUACUAUCAAAAUAAUCAACGUUGCGGCUGGAAAAAGAGCUUUGAAGAAAGGAUGUGUGUAGAAAAGCACUAUCCUCUUUUCCAAUUCUGUCAGUAGUGGGUUUUGCUCUUUAGCCAUAGUCCACAUCCAUUGUUUAAAAAUGUGGGAUUUCAGAGCUGGAAGAAACCCCAGAUGUGCCCUAUGGGAGUAUGCAUUAGAAUCAACUGGGAGUGUUUUUUGUUUUUUUCAAAUAUACAUGACUCUACUCCCACCCCUAUUGGAAUUGGGGGGAGAGGACAAGAGAGCUUGUGUGUUUUGGAAAAUAUUCUCAAUUAUGGUAAGACACUGUCCCUUCUUUCCUAACCUUACGACCUAGGAAGUCUGUCACUUGUCUGCACUCCUAGAUGGUUAGUGACAGCACCAGGACUAAAACCCCAGUCGUAUGAUCUCUAGUUCACAAAUGUGGGGUCUUUCCUCCAAUAAAUGCCAUAGAGUCUUUUUUGCAAACUUAGUGAUUAAAAAAAAAAAAC